CAGAGUCACACACACAUAUACACAGUCUAUGGUCACACACAGAUGGGACCAGCCUGAGCUCUACAGAAACACGACAAACUUUAACACAAUCAUCUCUCGAAAUGCCUCUUGCAGGUGCAGAGGAAACACGCCAGCUUCCUCUCCUGGAAAAAAAAAACAUGCAGGAACUUCAUACUGUGUGACUGAACAAAGGGAAAAUACACAAAUGCAGCUUUAGUAAUAACGAUAAGCCUCCAAAAUGGCCACUGUCACUCCUCAGUUUGUGUCUGUGGAGCCUGCACUGGACCUGGCAGAAGACUCAUGCACUCUGCAGAUUAACAUCAUGUAUGAAGUCAUCCCCUCCAUCGUCUGCUCCAUGUGUCUCUCUUUUGGACUCAUCUACUGCUUUUUUGGAUACCGCUGUCUGAAGAUGGUUCUAUUCUUCUCUGGCUUCCUGUUUGGGUCAGCCGCUGUGCUCCUGCUGUACCAUAAGGAACCUGGACUGGACUCUCACCUGAGCCUGGAGACGAAGGCGGGUAUCGGGUUGGGCGUAGGGGUCCUGUGUGGUCUUAUCACCAUGCUGGUCUCUGCCAUUGGAUAUAUAUUGAGCGGACUACAGCUCGGCAGCUUUAUAUGCCUUGCUAUUCUUGUUUUAGUUGGACAGUUUUGGACGGUUUCUUCAGAAUUUGUGCCUGUUGGAUCGAUAUCAGCUUUGGGGAUCAUCACAGCUGUUUUUACGCUCUUAUGGCAUAAACCGUUCAUGGUACUGUACACCAGUGUCUAUGGUGCAGUGACGGUUAUGCUCUGUGUGGAUUAUAUUAUUGGGACGUUUGUGUUGCCAGAUCAGGUGUAUGGAAUUUUCCAACACGGUUUGACACACCCCCUGUGCUGGUUUGACUGGGUUGUGAUUGGGAUAUGCCCUCUGCUCAGUCUGAUUGGGGGACUGGUGCAGUGGAAGUGGACAGCAAGGGAAUUAUUACAAAAAGAAGCUCUUCAUAAGAAACAGAAGAAACAGGUCCCAAGGCACAUGCAGAGAGGAAGACAACCUCAUCGCAAACGUCGACCUCCACCACUCAAACGCUACGCAGGCGAUGUGCUAGCUCCGAGUUACAUCCAGAGUGUUCAGGAGCGGCGUUUGGGCACUGGCUCGUCCUGCAGCAGCAUCAGCACCAUCACUCACACUUUAAUCGACUUUGACUUUGAGACAGGCUCCAUGGUUCCUCUCACCACCUCUCCUGUGUUUACUGUCUAAGAAUAAAACAUCUGUAUAAUUAUUUAACAGACUUUUAUAUACAUCAUCUAGCAAAGGUUUAAAUUUAGUCCACUGUAUAAAAUUGAAAGAGACUUUGAAACUAUGAAAGUGCUAUGGAUCCCAUCUGGAAGAUUGAGGCAUUACACAAAUAUAUAUUAUUUUUAUAUUAUCUUCCAGGCCCAUACAGCAGAGCCUUCCAUAUUGAAAUCUUUGUGGAUUUUGGUAAAUGUGGUGGAUUUGUGGUUAAAAAAAAUUUCCGACCCUCAGAUAAUGAAUAAUUUUAUAAUAUCACAUUCAGCAAAAUACCAAUAAGUUCAAAAGCAUGAAGAGA